AUGGGCGCCCUUCAUGAAUCAGAUACAGUAUUAGAAGAAGGUGUAAAGAAAGGGGAAGAAGAGUAUGAGGAGGGCUUUGGAAAUGCUGGGAGAGCUUGUUUUCAAUUUUUCUUGUGCUUGAGAUGGGAAAGGGAAAGAUGUAAGAGUAAGGGUGAAAGGGUGUCUCUAUUGGAAGGGCAAGGAGAGAACAGUAAGGAAAGGCUUUGGAUAAUGAGAAAAGUGAAGAAGGAGCUGAAGGAGAUAAAGGAAUUGUUGUGUGUUCCUAACAAGAGGAAGAACAUCGUCAUUCGCAAGCUCAGCGCGUACGCCAAUAGAAGGAGGCCUCAGUUCCACUUCCAAUACGAUCCUCAAAGCUACGCUCUCAAUUUCGACCAAGGGCAUAGGGAAGAUCACGACUGUGCACGCCUUGAUUUCUCCUCACGUUUUGUUGCUUCGCUUAAGGUGAACAGUGCCUCAGUUGGGUCCCACUGUUCAUCUUAA